CACUUGUUUUGGUCAAAAAAUCUCAACAAAAUGGUGCAGAAGAAAACCGAAAUCAAAGGUUUCCAUCGUUCUUUCAAGGGCCAGAACCCAUUCGACCUGGAAUUCUCCCAGUCAACUCACCUGGAUUCUGUCUUCAACUUUGAGUGCCCGCCCCGCCCCGACAUGCCUUCAAGUCAGCCCAUCGAUAUCCCGGAUACCAAGAAAAGGAACAAGAAGAAGAAACGAUGCAGAGCCACGGACAGCUUCUCUGGGAGGUUUGAAG